CAAUGAAUCAGUAGCGGCCAGGAUGGCAGAUCUGGCGGUUGGAGGCCCUAGUUUACCUCUCACCCGCAAUGUAUCUGUCAGACCGAAGGACAAAUUGCACGGCUCUCCCAGCACAGGCAGUGACGAAGGGCACGACGUGGGAUUUGGGGAUGACUUCGACCCCUUCCACGACGAUCCUGACGAGCCAGAUGAAGUGGACAGUUCUCUCUCGGCCCCCCCUGAGGAGAGCUGGUACCAUGGAAGACUGGACAGAGCACAGAGUGAGGAAAGACUUCGGUUGUUUGGGAAGUUGGGGAGCUACUUGGUUCGGGAGUCCGACAGACGACCAGGCUCUUAUGUUCUCUCCUACUUAGGGCGCUCAGGAGUUUCCCAUUUCAAGAUCACAGCAGUAUGUGGAGACUUCUACAUCGGAGGCCGGCAGUUCAAUGCCUUGAGCGACCUUGUAGGGUACUACACUAGUAUGGCUGAUCUGCUAAAACGUGAAAGAUUAGUCCAUCCUGUUCCUCCUCCAGAACCUGUGAAUGAUCUACGUAAAGUUGUUGCAAUUCUUCCGUACACAAAGAUGGCUGACACAGAUGAACUCUCGUUUCAGAAAGGUGAUAUUUUCUUCGUACACAACGAGCUAAGUGACGGUUGGGUGUGGGUGACUGCACAUCGCACUGGUGAGCAGGGCACCAUAUUCUCUGACCUCGUGGAAACACUCGAUGAUGAUAUUGAUCCUAACGUUGUCUUCUCGUGGUUUCAUCCAGAUAUCACUAAAAAUGAUGCCAUAGAUCUUCUAAUUAAGGCUGGUCAAGGUAGCUUUUUAGUACGACCAAGUGACAAUUCCCCUGGGGACUACACGCUUUUCUUCCUAACCAAUAAUAUUAUACAGAGGUUUCGGAUAGAAAAACGAGGAGUAAAGUACCUGAUGGGUGGGAGAACUUUCUCGUGCCUCGAUGCUGUUAUCAACAGGUAUAAGACAGAACAGAUUUUAGAAGGCCAUACCCUUGGCAAUCCUGUAUGCAAGCAAUUGAGCUCUGGUGAGCGUUUAGGUCUGCCCAUUGUCCCUGUGAAAGAAGUUGAGCAGCCAGAAAAGAUAUAUGCUACGCUCAAUGAAAUCAGAGAAAAACUAGGUGUUACUAAGUUUAAAGGUAUUCAAAAGCAGGGUUGGCUUUAUAAGAAGAGCAAGAAAAACAAGAAAUGGAAAUGCUUAUAUUUUGUUCUCACUGACAUUCUUUAUUAUUAUGAUAACCCUAAGCGCACUAAACCUCGAGGCGUGAUCGACUUGAACUGUUCCUAUCUUUACCAAGUUCAUGACAGCUUUUUUGAGCGUCCUAAUUGCUUCCAGCUGGUGGAGAGGGAACUUCCUUGUUUGGCCACCGUCACUUACUUGUGCUCUGACUCUCAGGAAUUAACCAACGACUGGAUGGCUGUGCUGCGGCCUCUGUGUGUUCCCCAGAUGGUGGGAGCACCCAAGCUACAGACCUUAAAGUUCAUGAAAUCCCUUCACCUUACCAUCAUGCAAGCUACACGUCUACCCUCCAAGAUUGUUCCCAGCCCAUAUUGCCUUGUCUCUUUAAACCAGGUGAAAGUGUGUCGAACAAGACCCAAGCCAGGUCCUGACCCUGUUUGGGAUGAGGAGUUCAUCCUGGAUGAUAUACCUCCAGAUGUUGUUAUGUUUACCAUAACUGUAUAUAACCACGGCAAGCGAAGCAAAGACUCUGAGGUAGCAGAAGUAAUGGUUGAACUGAACACUUUACAAAAUGGUGAAGAAGUGGAAGAGUGGCAUCCGUUAACCGGUAUCACCCCGGUCGGUGACUGGGGAGCUGUCAGGCUAAGAUAUAGAUAUUUCCAUGACUUGAUAAUGCCUUGUGAAGAAUACAACAGCUUGAAAGAGUUGCUCCUAGAUCCAAGUCUAGAGGCAGUGCAGGCCCUUGCUGACGUUUCCCACCGGGAUCGUAACCCCUUAGCUACCUCCUUACUUCGAAUAUUCAGGAAUGAAUGCCGAGAGCAUGAUCUUCUCCAACGACUAACUGAGCACGAGAUUGAACGAGAGCAUGAAACUAGUACCCUGUUCCGUGCUGCCUCUCUCACCACAACGCUCCUUGACCUCUACAUGAAGUCGACUUGCACCGAGUUCCUUACCGAAGCAAUUUCUGACACCAUACACAGGAUCUUAGAAGCUAAACAGUCAUGCGAGCUCAACCCUACAAAAAUGGACAACCCGAUGGAUGCGUGUGCGAAUGCCGAAUUUUUGUUGAAAGUUUUAGAUGACAUUACACAAAGCAUCUUCUCAUCUGCCUCAGCUUGUCCUAUGCCUUUAAGAUACAUAUGUGGUUGCUUGCAACGUAAAGUCUCCGAAAAGUGGCCGGAAGACAGACUAGUAAAAACAAGAGUAGUAUCAGGUUUCAUUUUCCUGCGUUUGAUUUGUCCAGCUAUUCUCAACCCUCGACAGUUUAACUUAUUACAAGAACCACCACACCAAGUUGCUUCACGAUCGCUGAUCAUGAUAGCCAAGUGCCUGCAAAAUCUGGCCAACCUGGUGGAAUUUGGUGGUAAGGAGCCUUACAUGGAAGUCGUUAAUCCAUUUAUCCUGAAAAACAAGGAGCGGAUGAUUUCAUAUCUUGACUUGUUGUCGAACGUGGGCGAGCGACCUGAAAUUGAAGAGCAACCUGUCAAGAGUGAACCAUCUCGAGACCUGGCUCAGUUACAUCAUAUUUGUGUUACACACCUAAAUGACCUCACAGCUAAAGCAAAAACACAGGUUACGUUGAAGAAGUUGGUGACUGUGACAGAUAUGUUGAAGAAACAUAAAGAAAAGUAUCAAGAGAUGAUGAGGUGAUCCUCGCCAACUCCCGGCCCUGUGGACUGCUGAAUUUCCAGCAAUUUGUUUCAGAGCCGGGAUGUUUGCGAGACAAGAGCCUGUGCCUGGCCCUGUAAAAGUGGUAAUGCUAAACAGUGUACGGAACUGGGAUGCACAUGGUCAAUACUGAAAUGACUUACUAUAUCAUCUGACCCUGUGGAAUAUAGCAUUAGCCACGGUGCUUGAAUUGAGUAAGGUGACUUUUUAGCUUUGCGUGUUAAGUUAUAGUGCAAUGCUGCGCGGAGGUGGAGUCAUCCAUUGUUACUCUUGAGUGCUCUGCUGCUGUGAGGUAUUAGUAUUAAAUUGGUGUUACCACGCAGGGAUCAGGCAAUAAGUGUGUCAUCAGCAGGACGAAGUUUGUGGCUGCACUUGAUUUAUCCUAUAAACUACCCUCUUUUCCCUCCCAUGUAGAUACUAGUGUAGUGGAAGUGCAGCCUCAAUAUUGCAUGGUGCCAGUCUCAAAGAAAACUUAAUUUAUUCACUGAUAAUGAAGCAGCCUAAGACAUGCAAUAAUCAUCAUUUUGAGUAUUUUGUAGACAUGGUGCUUUUGUCUACUCUCGUAUCAUAUGUUCAACAAGGACGCUCGAGAGGAAGGGAGUGAGAAAGAAAAAGUGCGCGUGUGUGUGCAUUUGUGCAAGGGAGAGAGAGUUUGUAGGGUGAGUUGCUUCACCCAAGUUUGGAGUCUGGUGAUCUUCCAUGAUUUCUUUUAGAUUUUUUCUAGUAUGGAGUUUUUUUUUUAUAGUAAUGAAAUAGGUAUAUUAAAGGGCACAGGUAUGAUAGCAGAAGCACAAUGUUAAGAGUCAGGUGUGCAUAUAGUCUGAGUACAUUGUUAUAUUAUUUUGAAAUCCCUUGGUCUGUAUCUUCAGACUUGGGAGAAAGAAAAGGAAAUAAUAUUUCAUCUGAUGUGAUAUUGAACAAUGUGACAGUGGAAAAUUUAGUCAUGGAAGUGACUGAAUAACAGAAAAGCACAGUAGGUAGAAGUGCAAGGUCUAAUUGUUUGCAACAUUUUGGCACAAGUUCAUACUGAUGAUUUAAAGAUAUUUUAAUUGUGGUACAUUGCAAGAAUAUGGGUAAUCUUUUAAAUUGGUAAAAUAUAGAUUUUAGAUAUGAUUUGAGCCAAAUUGCUGUGAUCUCUUAUAACUUGUGGAUUUUAACUGUGGACGUCUUGUAUAAACUAUUUAAAGGUAUAAAAAGUGUAUAGAUGGCGUUGGUGCUAAUACGAUGGCUUUGGUGGUGGAUGUGGAUUGGCGAAAGUUAGCUCCAACCGUCACAACUGUACAAGGUUUUUUGAUCUCACCAGUGGCCUAUUAUGUAUUCUGUUGUAUUGUGUACUUUUGUUUCAUUGGUGCCAUACAAAGGAAAAUUUGAAAAAAAUUCCAGAAAAAGUAGCUAUUAAGGCUUUUGCAGUUCAUUCAGUGAAAGAGAAUGAUGUCUGCAUCUUUACUCUGCAUGUAUAUAUGUAUGUAUAUGUAUACACAUAUAUGUAUAUAUAGAUAUAUAUAUUCAGAAGAUUUAUGACUAUUUUUUAAUUAUAAUGUUGACGAAGCUUUAAUGAUUUUUCUCCGUGCUUUGCGAUUAUAUUUUAUAUGAGCAAAUACUCAAUUUUUUAAUUAUUGAAAUUGAUCAGACGAUUCCUUGAACACACUUCUAAUUAUUUUUAGUGUUUAUAAUACUGUUAUUAUUUUUUUAAUUAUCAUUAUUGUUGAUUAUUCUAAAUGCUCAAUUUGUAACUUUUGAUAUCUUUUCCUCUUAACGUAGAUGCAGUUGGUUGAUGAAGAUUAAAGGCAGUUUACCCAUGAAGCAGUUGCUAAGGAGGCUAUCCCAAGUCUGAAAAAAGAAGUAGAAGUUCAGGUUAGCAUGUGUGUGCAUUGAUAUUGCAUAGGGUUAUAAGGACACUUAGUUUUUUGUAUUGCCUACGAAUUUACCAAGGGGUUGAUUGUCGUAAGAUUUUAUCGUGUUUCAAGGGGUUUCAUCCUAUGGGGCGUUACUAUUCCUAUGAUUCUGCAAUAGGGGAGAAUGUUGUGAGACUGGAUUUUUGGCAGUAGUGGUGUUGAUACAAACGCGAUGAAGAGUGAGGGAGUAUUAUUUUCAGUUAAGUGUUGAAACAGCAAAUCGAAUUCUGUUUGUCUUGAACGGAAGUGUUUUUUGGUUGCAGUCCUUAGAUUACUAUUUUGCUUGUAUGGUCAAAGUUUUACUGUAAUGGUGAAUGGCAGACUAUUUCAUGUUCAUAGUGAAGCCUUGAAUCAUACUUUGUGGCACAUGAAUGAAGUAAAUAGAUUAAGAAGAAUUACCUUAUUACUGAGCAUUUCAGAGUCAUUCCUUUGUCUUUGAUUUGAACUUGUCAUACCUAAUUUUAUUGUGGUGUUAUAGUGGCAUGUGUAGGUGACUGAGUAAUGUUACUGCUAUUGAAAAUACCAUUUGCUGGUAACUGAUGUUUUUAAUUUUUUUUUUUAUAUACAAAUUACAGUUUGCAUGUCAAGAACUGUAAGUUUUGUUUUAUUUAGUUAGUUUUGUGUAUCUGGGCUAUCUUGGUGUUAGUUUUGUGCUCAUGGUUGUCAAACAAUUGGCAUUGCUGCAGGUUUUCAUUAGAUGCUGGGGAUAAUCCUUUUGAUGUUAUGUAUCUGAAGUCACAUAAGCAAAGCUAUUAUUUUAUCAAAAUGCCUUUUGAAAGUACAUUUGUUUUCCUCUUCAAGGAUGUGAUUUUUGAAAAUAUUAAGUCAGGAACUAAAGAAUCUAUUUAGCAUGCCAGACACGCAACAUAUCUACUUCGAAAAGAUGUCUUGAUUUUUUUGUGAUUGUCAGUGUUCAGUUUCACAGAGGUGGCUGUUUUACUUGUGAGGUGAUGGAAUAUUUUUUGAGGAUUUAUUACAGUAAUUUAUUGAAUUUUUUUGUUUGAAACUGAAUUUUUGGAACUCAAAGAAAGACUUUCAAAGGAGUCUUAUCUGUAAAGUCCUGGGGAUCUGACAGUAUAUACAUAUAUGCAUGUUUACUAACUAUGCAUGAUAAUAAGUAUGCCUUUCCCAUAAAAUGGGUAUCUUUUAUCGGGGACAUGUUGGCAGGGAUUACAUGCUAAAUAUGUAUAAAUGUAAUGGCCUGUUUUGCUUUCUUUUGAAAAUUUACAAUAAUCUGACAAGAUAUUCAUAGUAAGCUUAUUACUUUCACCAAGAUUUCUCCAGCAAAUCUUUAUCAUUCAAAUGUGAAACUGCAAUAAACUUAAGAACUUGCUUAUCUAAAAAUAAGUAACAUGCCUAGUGUUUCUGGAGCUAUGCUUGUUUUGAAAGAAAAGUCAGAAAUACUGCACCAACAUCACACUCAGAUGAUGACAUAUUUGAUUUUAUAGGUUUCUAGAAUUAGAACAGUCAAACCCUUUUGUUAGGUGGUACUAAAAUUUGCAUAAGUACAUAUUCAUGGAUUACAUUUACUGUAUGACUUUCAUGAUUUCUUAUGUUACUGUUGAUGGUAGCUACACACUCAGUUCACCUGAAUACUACAUUUUAUUGCCCUAGAUAUUGAAGGGCUAUAUUUUAUCACCCUAAAUAUUGAAGGGCAUCAUUUAAUACAUACUUUUCUAUGUCAGAAGAGAGGAAAUUUACACAAGCCCUGCAGUCAUCUUUUUACGUGCUCAAGACCUAUUACAUUCUUAGUCAAUAGCUACAAAUACAGUGGGUUGAUUGUUGAACUGAGUUUGUUAUUCUUUGUCAUGCGAUCAGUCACAGUUGCACAAUAUUAUUAUUUAUUCUCUUGGUCCCUUUUUUCUUAUUUCAAUUAAUGGGAAUCAUAUGAAUCAUUUAUUUGCCCUCUCUACCCUGGUGAUAAAGUUUAGUUGGUAAUGAGCGCAUAUAGGAAUAGUAUGUGUAUGUACUGAACAUUUUUAGGUAUUAGUAAGUGAUUUGCUUUUGUUUACAAUUUUUAUAAAUAAGUGCCAUAGGUAUGCCAAGAAAGGGUCAGAUUUUUGAAAGAAGUAACAUUAGACAGGGUAAGAUUGCCAAAUAUGAAACGGCUGCCAUCAAUUGUGCCAUUUUACUUUUAUGGCUUUGCAAUGUUUUGAUUUUCAGCAGUAUUGAGAGUCUGUAAUCUUAUUGGGUUGAGUAUUUGUUGAAAUCUCGUUAGUCUACUGCAGACUUUUUUCCUGUCACGUUGGUUUAACUACCAUUACCUUUUCUGUUCAGUUAUGAAUUUCAUAUGAGUUAUUUUUAUUUAUUCUACAUUAACUUGAAUAUGUAUAGUAAGGAAGUUUAGCUCCAGGUUAUAACGAGAUUCAUCUUGCUUAAAUUUAAUAACUUACAGUUUUAAAAGCAUUUAAUGUCAUUUCAGAUUCAUCUUAAACUCUUGCUCAAUUUCAUAUUAAUCUUCUAUUUCUUGAGUUGCCUUAUGUCUGGGAAAUACUGCUUAACUCUUUUGUGAGUGUAAGCAUUUUCCGGUGUUGCACAUUCCUUGAAUUUUUUAGUGACUGUUUGACAUUAGUAUGGUCUUGUUACAAAAAAUUAAAAUCUUCAUUUAUUCCCAUUCCUCUCUUCAAGGAGGGAACCUCAUUUGAUCUAAAGAUAAAUUUAUGAUCCAGAGUUUUAGGUACUGAAAAAUGAAUAUGAAUAUCAUUCAUAUUUCUCAUGUAUUUGUGUUUUCAUCUGUUAUAGGAGUGGUAAGGUUUUUGUAGUAAAAAUUAUGUUAGGAUGCAAAAAAUGAUUUGGUUGCCAUCCACAGGAAAUGCUAAUGCCCCUUCUUUUAAUUGCCACCUUUUGGUGUUCACUAAUUUUGAAGGAAUGAUGAACAAGGAUUAUUUUUAUAACAAAUUGUUUGUUACCUUACACCUGCAUUGCUCCUGUGCCUGUAAUUGAAUGAUAGUAUAGGUCAGGAGGUUAUACAUCAAUAGAAAUUUUAUUUUCAUUAGUUUUACAUCAGCAAUUGAAAUCUGUAAUUUUUGUUAAUUAGAAUUUUAUACAAAAAAUUGAUGCGUAAAUUUUAGUAGUUGAAGUGAAGCCUUUUGAUGCAAAGGAAUCUCAAAAAAGUACACUUCUGGAUAAUACUUUUGGCUCUGCUCAAAAUUACCUUAGAGGAACAGUAUGAAUAAGUUGAUAUUUGAUUGAGAUACUCACCUGUCUGUGGGAGCCACACUAGACGAAUGCAAGAUGGCCAACACCUAUAUUGAGGAAGGGCUGUAUCUCUACUCUUUGAACCAGUUUCAUGGAUAGUUGUAUUAAAACACAGGUUUUCAAGGUUGUGAGAGAAAUAACAGAAGUCUGGCAGCUGUUUGGGACCAGGGUAAUAUUCAAGGUCAUUUUUCUCUUGGAUUACACUUGGAGUUGAAUUUAAAACCCAGUUGUAAAUCUUUAUAUUGUACAAAUUUAUAUGCAUUUGCACUACACUAAAACUAGUUUAAACAAUUGCAGGAAAGUACAAAUUAAAAUUCCAAAUAACUAUGGUAGAACUCUUUUAGAGUAUCUUUAUUGGAAAUACUUUAGGAUUGGUAGAUUAGUUUGCUGGGCAGACUUUCUUACAUCAUUUGCGCCUGCAUGCCCUUGGGGCAACUUUGAAAAACAUAUGCUCUGCUUGCUUCAGGCACAUGAGUCCAGAAAGGUGACCACUUUUUGCCCUUCACUUGAUGUUCCAUGAUGUGGGUGCAAGCAAUGGCUUUGUAAAGAAAAGAUCACAAGAUGUACAGGAGAAUACUCCAUGAUAGACUAAGCUGUAUCAUGAAAGAUUUUGAAAUUAGUCUUAAAGAAUUAAAUAGAAUCCUUCAACAAUCUAGGGAUAUCCAUCUUGGGUUUGUUCAGGAAGCCAAUCAGAAGGAUAAUUCACGUAUGUCAAUGAAGUCUGUUCUCCCUUGUGAUCUGAGGUACUUAAGAUAAUGAACUUGAUAGCAUGAAAGCCUUGUACUGUUUUGAGAUUACUAGAAAAUUAAAGAUAAGAGCAAGAGAUUUGGUUGAAUUUUGGAAUUUUAAAGACUAAUUAUAUAAUGUAGAGCACUAUACUGUAGUGAACUUUUACCAUGAGCUAACUCUUGGCUAGAUCAUCUUGGUAACCUACCAUCGUCAUGUCUUGAAUUAGUAAGGAAGGAUGAGAUACUUUGAAUUUCAGCAUUGUUUGUUUUUGUUUCUCUUACUGUUCCAUUUUGAAUUUCAUAGGAUACCAGCUUCCAUUUACAGAACUAACAUUUAACAUUGUUCUUUUUAUUUAUUAUAGAAAGAGGGAAUAGAUAUUUUACCCAUUUUCAAGGGUUUAUGAAUACAUUAUAGAGCAGGAAGUUUGUCUCCAGGUGGGUGCAGAAGUCAUAGAUAAUUGAAUUCCAUGGUAACGUUUUGGGUACCUUGUUUAUCAUUUUUUUUCUUAUGACUGACUUUGUUAUAAGAUUUAAUGCUUUCAUUGUAUAUGUACUGUAAAUAUGUUUGAAAAUUUUCAGUUGGUCGUGCUUGAAUUUUAUCAAGACUAUUUCUAUAUAAACUUGGGAACAUGAAGUAGAGAGGUAUAGCUUUGAAAUACCAUCAGCCAAUUAUUCCUUCCUGUAUGUAGGAAUUUUGAGUGUGAUAUACAACGCUUGGGGUAUUAUUAUAUUUAGAAUUUUUCACUGGUGAAUCUUUGCUUUUGUGGGCCUAUGUAUUUUUCUUCAGAGUCUUGUGUAAGUUGCAUGUUGCUGUACAGCAUAUAAAUAACCUCCAGUGACAAAGCUAUUAACUGCCAUGUUGGACUGCACUUGUAGUCCUUAGUAACAGAUUUGUUCCCAGUAAUCCAUUCUCUUUGAUGAAUUUCCUGAGUUUAUUGACACGUAAUAUGUGAACACUUCCUUUCCUCAACAUAACCUCAAUUAUAUGUCUUGAUUCUCUUUUUUAUUUCUUUAUACCUAUAAGUUUUGUAUAUUAUAACUGAUUUUGAUGGGUUUUCCACUGUUGAUGACCUCUGUUAUUGCUCGUCGCACAAUUUUUUCUGGUUAAUUUUUUUUUCCCCUUUUUACUUUAGAAUAUCCUAUUAUACUUUGGGAUACAAAGUAAAACUUGAAAUUGUCUUCUUCUACUUCAGGGUAGUGGGUGUUGCCUCCCUUGAGGUUGGAUAAUCUACCAUUUAAUAACUUUUGUCAACUCUGUGCGCACAGUAUGAUGACCAGCCUUCUUAAAAUGCAGUGACCCUUAGGUCAGGUCUCAAAAGUUAUGGUUUUACAGUAUUCAACUUCAUUUUGUAACUUAUUAAUUAUGAUAAUGUGAUAGCUUAAUUGGAAGGGUGUUCUCCCCUUCAGUCUGUACACCUUCCUUUCAUUCCAUUUGUACAUCUUGAACAUUAUACAAGUGAAUAAAGUUUGUGGAGGAGAUAUAAUCCUUUUGUAGAUAUUUAAGGGUCAAGAAUGAGUUAAUAAACCUUCUUCUCAGCCUUCACUGUAAAUAAUAUAAUGCUGUUGAAUAUUGUGUUCAUUAUUUUUAAGUGGGUUAUGUGAGAGGUUUGAUGUAGAACUAUUUGGGAAUAGCUAAUGUUCACUAGCCUCUUCCCUCUCAUUUGUAAGAACUGGUGAUUUUUUUUUUUUUUUUUUUUGUGGGGAAAUGUAGUGUAAAAAUGGAAAAUAAUAUUGCACUAUUAUUGAAGUAACUGUGUAGGACAUCCCAUAGAUUGGACUUGAAUUUCAUGCCAGAAAAACUCAGGAUAAAAUCUUGGUUAUUUUAUUCUUUUGAAGUUUGGAACAGCAGCUGAAACUGGGACCUUUUUGAGGAUCCAAAAACAUUUCAGGUUUGUUAGCUGAAUUUGAUUUUUGAACAUGGGGAAAUAAGUUCCUCCUUCCUAUCUCCUCCCCAUCUGAGCCUUCUCAUCUGCUGUAACUAUUCUUUUAUUUGAGAUUUUGAUGUGGGAGUAUAACUUAUUCUGGUCUUGCAUAUAUCUUAUUUUAUUCCUCUUUAUGAACGAUGCAAAAUUUGCUUGGGACAAUUACUUCCUGUAAUGCUGUACUACUAGUUAACACAUUAGCAUGUGCUAGAUUGUGGGUUUAAAACUGUCAUUUUUAUAAUACUGAGUAUACUUUGAUUUACUUGAUAAAUAUAAAAGGGAAUCGUAAGAUUGAUGUUUAAAAUUGAACUGCAAAAAUUGUUCUAAUUGCUUUACUAGGUUCAUAAGCCCCAUUAUGCUCUCUCUCUCCUGUAUUAUCUCAUAUUCUCUCUCAUAAAGAAUUUUUUAAAUUCUGUAAUCAGAUUUUUUUUAGUGUCCCAUUUUAUGCUCAAAACUGAAUACGGUAAUCUGCUUCCGCUUUCCUUGUAUUUACAUGGCUUCCUUUCUUAUACCGUUUAUUCAAGCCCGUAACGCUUAAUAAUUAGUAGGACUCGAGUCUUAAUGCAACCAUUAACACAAUUACAAAUGUCCCAACCAUAAAGGAAUGAGAAAUGCCAUUUCAUUAAGAAGCAGUACUAUUGUUAAUAAGGCACUGGAUUUUCAUGAAUAUUCCUGUAUAGUGGAAUUUUUCAAUAUAAAGGGACCUUGAAGUGAUCUUCACCAAGCCAAACAUUAAAUUAUUAAUUUUGAUUAAGAAUUGUAUAUUUACUCCAUAGAUUCAAAAUCUCUAGAAAUAGUGUAUUACCCAAGGUCACAAUACCAGGAUUGACAGGAGUUUUUGUAUCAAUAAGUGUUGACGAAUUUUGUAUAUUUGUGUAUGUAGAAUCACCCAUAAAACUAUUUUAUACACUAAGCAUCAGUAUGUAAUGUCACCUUUUGAAUGAUAAAUAACUUACAGAGUUGAUUUAUGAGUACAGUUAAGUUGAAUACUAUAGUUAUGUACAAGACAAGAUUUUCUCAUGUAGGUCCAGUGUUACUACGUUAUGUUAAACUACCUUUUUACCAAGUAUUGAAUCAUUAUAAUAGGAACAGUAUAGAAAUUAUUUUUUUUUAUUCUUAGCAUUUAUUCUUAGCAGAAUACCCUGGCUGUAAUUUUUUUUAUAUUUAUAUAAUUCUUAGGAAAAACUCAAAAUUUUCUGGCUAUCACUAGAGUUACUUAGAAUUUAGAAAGUUUAGUCCUCCAUAUUUUUACAAAGUGAGAAGGAAAAAUUUUGUUUUUUCUUAAACAGGACGUUUGGAUUUCAUUGUACCAUUUUUGAAUUAUUUCUUCCAGCCUCUCUGCCUACCUUUGUUACUAAAGAAUCACUAUUAGCAAGACAAAAGCCUUACAGUAAACAAAAAUUAGAAAUUUGUAAAGGAUUUUUGUGCCUAAAGAUUCAGAACUAUAAGUGUGUUACAAAUGUAUUUGUUACUGGGUUGUAUAUGCUUAAGCUCUUGUUAUAAUUAAUGUGUCAUAAAAUUCAAAACCUUGUGAUUAAUUUAAAUUUCUAAGAGAGUUUCAUGUGUUGCAGUUUCAUUGAGAAUUUUUUUUUUCAAAUUUGAUAGAAGUUUUAAUUCUGGAAAAGCUCUCUAAAUUUUAAAAUUUAUGUAUUAAUUUAUUGAGUUCUUUGUAUAGAAGGUAAGAAGGGUUGGUAUUGCAAUAGGCAGUGAAUGUUUAUGGAAAUAAAAUUUGAUUGAUUAUGUAUUAUCUAAUUUAGUUUUUACUCUGAAAUUUUUACUUGAUCUAUCGAAAGGCAGUUUUCUUUUAGCGUAGAGGAUACUGGCUUUUAAACAAAGAUUUGAUGCCCGAUUGACCUACAUUUUUCCUAUCUUAGUGUAUUUUGUAUUGAUUUUUGCCUUUUUUUUUAUACAUCUGGACCAAACAAACUUUUUUUAAUAACUUAGGAUUCCAUUUAGGUUCGUAAAGAUUGCCAAGAUAUGUAUAUAUAAUAUUGUUUCCAAGUGAUUUAAGACAUUUUUUACCCAGUGAAUGAGCAAGUAAAAUACUGUAUACAUUUGUGUUCCUUAAUGAUGUAGCACUUUGAAGACUUCUUGGUUUCUAUUGCCUGUUCCUAAUUCUGACACAUGUCUAGUUUCCAUAGGUAAACUAUUUUUGUGAAUUUAUAGGAUGUAAAAUAAUUUCAGUCUUUUGUUAUUGUUUAUACAAUGAUGCUUUAACAAUAUAAUAUUAGAGUGUU